AUGGACAGCCAGGGCAGGAAGGUGGUGGUUUGUGACAAUGGCACUGGGUUUGUGAAGUGUGGAUAUGCAGGCUCUAACUUUCCGGAACACAUCUUCCCAGCUUUGGUUGGAAGACCUAUUAUCAGAUCAACCACCAAGGUGGGAAACAUUGAAAUUAAAGAUCUUAUGGUUGGUGAUGAGGCAAGUGAAUUGCGCUCAAUGUUGGAAGUUAAUUACCCCAUGGAGAACGGAAUAGUGCAAAAUUGGGAUGACAUGAAACACCUGUGGGAUUACACAUUUGGACCAGAGAAACUCAACAUAGACACCAGAAACUGCAAAAUUUUACUCACAGAACCGGCUAUGAACCCAACCAAAAACAGGGAGAAGAUUGUAGAGGUAAUGUUUGAAACUUAUCAAUUUUCUGGUGUGUAUGUAGCCAUCCAGGCAGUUCUGAGUUUGUAUGCUCAAGGUUUAUUGACCGGUGUAGUAGUAGACUCUGGAGAUGGUGUGACUCACAUUUGCCCAGUGUAUGAAGGUUUUCUUCUCCCUCACCUUACAAGAAGGCUUAAUAUUGCUGGGAGGGAUAUUACCAGGUAUCUUAUCAAGCUGCUCCAGUUGCGGGGAUAUGCCUUCAACCAUUCUGCUGAUUUUGAGACAGUUCGUGUGAUUAAAGAAAACCUUAGUUACAUGCCUUACAAUAUUGAGCAAGAACAGAAAUCUGAAUUUUACAAACACAUUGUGCUUUCUGGAGGCUCAACUAUGUAUCCUGGCCUGCCAUCAAGGUUGGAACGAGAGCUUAAACAGCUUUACAUAGAACGAGUUCUAAAGGGAGAUGUGGAAAAAAUAUCUAAAUUUAAGAUCCGAAUUGAAGAUCCACCCUGCAGAAACCACAUGGUGUUUCUGGGUGGUGCAGUCCUGGCAGACAUCUUGAAAGAUAAAGACAACUCUUGGAUGACUCGACAAGAGUACCAAGAAAAGGGUGUACUUGUGCUGGAGAAACUCAAUGUGCCUGUUCAAUAA